UUGUGAAAAGUUAAAAUGAGAAACAGAAAUAUGUUUCCAAUAUAUUCUUUCAAAUAACAACAGAUAUAAGGGACUGCAGAACAUGUCGGCGUCCAUGUUUGUGGGACUGUGUAAGAAAGUGGGGACCUCACAAGAGGUAGCCAUCAGGAGGGAGUCACAGGACAUCAGGGAUAUGGUGGAGAGACGAGUGACACCUGAUGAUGGGAUCAUAAUGAUGAUGAGUGGAAGUAGGAGAGAAGGGUUCGAUCUGAAGGGAUCAGAUCUGGACUAUAUGUACUGGUACAACAACCACCGAGUGAUCAUGGACAUGUCUCAGUCUGAGUAUUACAACACAGCCAAUAAAACCUUGAUUCUCUCUGACAGUUCAGAGAGUUCACCAGGAUUCACUUUACUCCAGUUACUGACACCAUCAAGAUACAGAGAAAUCCGAUCAUCAUGUGUCAGAAUGAAUGGCAGAGUCUAUAUAUCUAGUUCUAUAUACAGACAGUUAACUUGUUCAGCAGUUCAUCCUAAUUCUACUGUACACGGACCCUGUGGUAGUGGUGUUAGAGCAGGAGUAGAAUAUGACACUGCAGUCUGUUUUGUUUCUGACUUUCGGCCUCUGUCUGCCUCCUCAUGGAUAGACAGAUGUCACUCAUGGCCUGAUCCUGAAGUUGUUGAUGACAUUGUCAGAAACGGAUGUCACCUUGUAGCAAUAGGACACCCAUUAGGACCCCAUGAAAAUGAAGAAUGGAGAAUUUCUUUUUCACGGGCAGAAUAUAAACUAGUUUAUUCAAUGAGCCACUGUCAGUUUUUGACAUAUGGUUUGUUAAAACUUUUCUUAAAAGAAGUUUUAAAUCAACAAUCAGAAGAAACCAAUAAACUGUUGUGUUCCUAUCACAUGAAGACAACAGUUUUCUGGGCGAUUCAACAAAACACACUACCUCACUGGUGUCCACAAAAUCUCCUGGCCGGUUUCUGGAUCUGCUUCAAACUUCUCCUUAAAUGGGUGUAUAAAGGGAUCUGCCCAAACUUUUUCAUCCCACAAAACAACAUGUUUCUGACCAAGGUCCAUGGCUCAGCACAAAACAGAUUGUUCGUACAGUUACAUGAAUUGUACAAGAAAGGUCUGGCCUGUCUGUUACAGAGUCCCUCUAUCAGGUCCUACAUCAUUCAUGUCCUGUACAAUCCCAGACUUUCUAUUUGUACAGAUGAAAGUAUGAUUAGGUCUGAAGUUGACUUUGAUAUUCUAAUUUCCAGCAUACAGUCAACUGUUCCAGUUCCAGCUGCCAUUGGGUCUCUGUAUCAAAUAACCAAAGCCAUACACAUGAUAGAACAGUUUGUGGAGUCACCAAUGACACAUCAUCAAGUUGUAAUAAUACAGAGAUUUACAGCCUUAAUCCUUCAGAGCACUUCUUUUCUAUUAAUACAGAACAUACACACUAAUACAGGUGUCAACAAACAGAUGUAUAUUGCAGACAAACUGUCCUGUCACAUGCUGAAAUUAGCAGCCAAGUUUGGGUGUGUAUCUGACAUGUUGUUCAUUGCCAUGUAUUAUUACAAGACACUCAGAUACAGGGAAGCUUUAUCUGUUAUAGAGAUGACAAAGUUCAAGUUAGCACAGCCAUAUCUAAUAUAUGAGGGAUAUGUAGACAGAGAGAGGUAUACUGAGGCUGUAGGGGGACAGUCUUGGUCUACAAAGAUGAGACAGGCUGUAGCAUGGGAUAUCACACUUUACAAUUACAAUAAAAUCUGUUAUAUCAGUGAACUAAUUCCAGAACAACAGUCUGCUCUCCAGAACAGAAAGCCUGCAUUAUUUGUCCCGGUGUUUGUAAUGUUACAUUUCCUAGAGUUCUUGUGUUACAGACAAAUUGAUACAACAUUAUCACAAGCAGCUCUAGAUGAGCUACAGGUCCUAGUCCACCAUGAUCGGGGACUGUAUAUAUCUGCUAUAUACAGAGACAUCUGCUGGGAGAUCCUGGGGAUCUGUCAACAGAUGACAGGGGAUAUCCAGGCUGCUCUAUACUCAUACCAACAUUCACUCACACAGGAUCCAUUUCAUUGCAUACAAACUGCUACACAGAGGAGAAUACAGGACAUAGUUCAGUCAACACAACACCAGUAAAUAAAUCAGUAAUUUGGAAUAUCCAUCAACAAAACCAACAUGUACAGAUCUAUGUACAGAUUUCUACACGCCAGUUAAAAAAACAUGUACAAUGUAACAUACCCCAUCCAUCCCUAAAUCACAACUAUAUACCAUAUACCUACAUGUGUGUUGGAGGACAGUACAUCAAAUGUGGUUUAUGCAUGGUUUAUGUGUAGCCUUUUAUUCAGGACUUUCUUUAUUUGUAAUAUUUGGAAUAAAAGCAGUGUAUUGUACUUUCUGGAGUUGUUUUAUUUUGGGUUAUUUGUUAUCAUAAAGUUAGAUUAACUCAAGGAAGCAGGUAUACUCUGAUAAGUUUAGUUCAAUUUAAUGCUGUAACGAUAUUCUCGAGUGACCAAUAUUUGAUAACAGGGAGGGAAUGGGUUAUGUUUUGAUAAUCCAUUUUGAUGAACCAAUUUUCAAUAGUUGAAUUUGUUAGGUAUCACAAAUCUGAUGUAUUUCCUUUUAUCACUGAUAAUGAAAUUGUAUGCAUGGAAAAUAUAAAUAUCAUGCACUCUUUAAAGAGGACAUAAGUGUUUAAACACCUGUAGUAAAAAUUUUCAUCUCGAAAACUUCCUAGUAGUUAUCUUUUUGUAUAACAAUGCAAAAAUUGUGAUAAAGUGUCAAUUUUUUAUUGUGUGAACUCAGCAUCCCCAAUCCAAGACAAUUAUGGGGCCUCAGAAGGGAUUCAAUGCAUAACAUAAAAAUAAUUAUGUUACGAAAAGGCUGCUUUAGUGUAGUUAGUACCAACGUGAGAGUCAAGAGUUUGAUAUCCCAUGUUAUUAUACUUUCAUGUUAAAUACUGAA